CAUAUCCUCUAUCCUGUUUCCACUUCAUCCGCAUCACCAGUUCAUUUCUUCUCCGACAUCUCCCUCUUCCAAGCCAAGUAGCCAACCUCACUUCAAUGGUGGGAACUAGAUUUCAAAUUUAGCCAAGUACGAGCAUGUCUUCUUGUCUUCUUCCUCAGUUCAAGUGCCUGCCUGAUUCCUUCUCUAUCCAGUUCAGAACCUCUCACUACCUCUCAAAACACGGCAAGGAUGGUGUAUUCUUCCAACCGCAAUGUACCGCAUCGGUAUCAGCUCCUUCAGUGCUUGAUGUGGAGAACCUGAGACUGCCCUCUUUCAACACUCACUCAGAUUCCCUCGUAUCGGAUGAUCGAUGGACUUGUACUGGAAUCAUCGGUCCUCCUACUCAGGAAAAAUAUUCAGAAGCUUUAGCCUCUGAAACGCUUCUCACCGGUGAUGAAGCAGUAGUUGUGGCUGCUGCUGCUGAAGCAGUUGCUCUCGCAAGGGCUGCCGUCAAAGUUGCAAAAGAUGCUGCGUUAGUUUACAACAGCUACAGCACAAAGUUAUCGGUUUCGUCCACAGAUGACAAACGCUCCAAAUGGGACCGGUUUACGGAGAAGGAACGUGCUGGCAUAAUGGGGCAUCUAGCGGUUUCUGGGACUGGAAUCGUGGUCGAUGAAUGUACUGCCCAUGACUCUGACAAAGAUCCGUGUGAUGAUUCUGAACAGAUGGACAAAGAACUCAAAAUUCUUGAGGAGCGACUUUCCGUGGGUAUAGCAGUGAGAUCUACACGCCAGAUUGAAAGGAAGGCUCGUCGGGCAAGAGGGCUUGAGAAAGUUACGCCCGGUAUUGUGUCCGUGAAGGCCGGUGCAAGGAAUAGAAGAAAACGGGUUUCUUCACAAGAUGUUGACCAUGCUGAUCCUUUGCGGUACUUAAGAUGGACAACAAGCACUUCCAGGCUUCUGACGGCAAGAGAAGAACAGGAGUGUUCAGAAGGGAUACAGGACCUACUGAAGUUGGAACGGCUUCGGGAAGAGAUAGCCGAGCGUUGUGGCGGUCAACCAACGUUGGCACAGUGGGCUUCUGCUGCUGGAGUUGAUCAGAAAACUCUAAGGAAGCGUAUAAAUAACGGCAUAAUUUGCAAGGACAAGAUGGUUAAAAGCAACAUACGUCUGGUUAUAUCGAUUGCGAAGAAUUAUCAAGGAGCUGGAAUGAACCUCCAAGAUCUUGUCCAGGAAGGAUGCCGAGGGCUUCUGAGGGGAGCUGAGAAGUUUGAUGCUACUAAAGGUUUCAAAUUUUCAACUUAUGCGCAUUGGUGGAUCAAGCAAGCCGUUCGAAAGACUCUCUCUGAUCAAUCUCGGACGAUUAGAUUACCCUUUCACAUGGUGGAGGCAACGUACCGAGUGAAGGAAGCUAGAAAGCAGCUCUACACCGAAAACCGAAGGCAGCCCAAUAAUGAAGAAGUCGCGGAGGCAACUGGGCUCUCGAUGAAGAGGCUCAAUGCAGUUCUACUCUCUCCUAAACCUCCAAGAUCGCUCGAUCAAAAAGUCGGAAUCAACCAAAACCUCAAACUUUCGGAAGUGAUAGCGGAUCCGGAAGCGGAAACGGCAGAAGAGGUGCUGAUAAAGCGGUGCAUGAGGGAGGACCUGGACAAGGUGAUGGAGAAGGUGUUGAGUCCGAGGGAGAAGCGGGUGAUAAAGUGGAGGUUCGGGAUGGAGGACGGGAGGAUGAAGACGUUGCAGGAGAUCGGGGAGGCGAUAGGCGUCAGCCGAGAGCGGAUCAGACAGAUCGAGUUGUCNGCAUUCCGGAAACUCAAGAACAAGAAGAGGACCGCCCAUUUGCUCCAGUAUUUGGUUGCUUAAUCUUACAAUACAGCACCACCACCACACGGGAAAUGCUUUUAUAUAUAUAUAUAUAUAAAUAAUUUCGCUCUA